AUGAUGUUUUUGCCGUUGUCUUUUGUUUUGUUUUUGUUUUCUCCGAAUAUGCCUGGAACUGUCUCUCUUUCUCUCUGCACGAUGCUUCUGUGCCCACGGUUUUGUAAUAGUAAGCGGGUGACCAUGCCCCCUCGCCCAGUAAAGCCGACCGGAAAGAAAGCCGGUAAGUCGGUCCGCAUCCGACACGUUGCACCGCGCGAAUUGUAUAUCCGGGCUUGUGCGGAGUUAGGCCUGGCUCCGAAUAGCGGCCUGAUUGAUCUUCUUUCCAUGUACCAGGAAUCUGCCAGCGUCGAGUUCAUUGAUGUCAGCCGUAACUAUUUGGGAGACAAGGGGGUCAUUCCCCUGCUGGCUGUUGUGGAUAGAUGCAACAAUCUGCGGGAGAUCAGUCUCAGCGAAAACGGCUUACGCAACAAUGCCAUUGCAGCGCUGUGCAACUCGGCCGUGAGGCACCCCUCUCUUCGACGUAUCGACGUCUCCGACAACUAUAUCAGUGAGGGUGCUGCCGCCCACCUUCAGCGGCUUCUGGAAGACAAUCCCCGAGUGUGUGAGCUCGGGAUAGACAAUACCAAAAUCGAUGUAGAAUGGCGAUUGAAACUGCGUGACCUUCUCCGAGCAAAUGCUACCGCCGCCGCCGCCGCAGCAGCAGCAGCUGAUGUAAGCCAGCAAGAUGUGAAGAUUGGACCCAACUGA